GUGACGACACAACGAGAUUGGCGGAGAGUAUAAAAAGACCGGAGCGUCCGAAAAUAUUAUUCAUACAAGCAAGAUCAGCCGUAGCAUCAGCAACAUGAAGUUUUUGAUCCUUUUCUUUGCCCUCUUCGCCAUGGCGGCUGCACUUCCUCAGUGGGGUGGUGGAUUCGGAGGUGGAUUCAAUGACCAACAGCAACAACAGCAGCAAGGAUUUGGAGGUGGAUUCGGAGGUGGAUUCGGAGGAGAGCAACAACAGCAACAGCAAGAUGGAUUCGGAGGUGGAUUUGGAGGCCAACAGCAACAGCAACAGCAAGAAGGAUUCGGAGGUGGAUUUGGAGGUGGAUUCGGAGACCAACAACAGCAGCAACAGCAAGGAGGAUUUGGUGGCUGGUAAACAGCUAAAACGAUGCAAGAAAAAUAUCGACGCCUUAAACUAAACGCUCCAAUAAAAAUAUGAAAUUUUGAUGAAACAAA